AAAAAACUAUGAGAAGCUCUACUGUGGUGAGAAGUUGGACUUUCAGAAUGGCAGCAAGGAGGUCAUUGAGCACUUCGUCAGCGAAAUCAGUUCCGCUCUGUUCUCAAGACUAAACAUGGCUGAAAAAGAAAUUCUCGAGAGUAUUCAGCACUUGCCGGAGAAAGUAGUAUUUGGUGGCGCUAGUUAUGAAAGGAGGGAGUGUACUCAUUUACUCGAGAAGUUUUUAGCUAGGUUUAAAGUAAGAAAGCAGCCAAUUUCCUGAGUACGAGUACACUUUUUCCUGUCAUACUAGUGGACCUGGACGAGAUAUUCAAGGUAUCAACAAGGACGACGCAAGAAACAGAGGAGGUGGUGG